GAUACAAGUAAGUGCCGUGCACUUUCCAUAAACCUUUGCCCCAGCGCUCGACACAGAGACAUAUUUUUGAUUCGGACCGGUAAGACUUGGCGUCUUAUCUGAAACCUCCAGAAUAAGCUCUCAACCAAAGUUUACACAAAAAUCAGAUAUGUCGGCAUCUCCACUACGUUUAUAUUCGAUUGAUCGAUACCCUGUAGUGAAGGCACAGCACCCAAGUCAAGGCCGUCGAUGGCUGAAUCUGAAAAUUGCGGAAGAGUUUUGGAGUCUAUCUGCUGAAGCGAAACUGGCUCUGUCUAAGAACGAAGCGGUAGCCAGCGCCAAGGUAGACCUUCCUAUUGACGACGAUCCUUUGGAUGAAAUCACCACUCAGAGACCUGAGAUCGGCAUCGUUCUGCGUACAGACUUUUCAGACGAAGAUGCCUGGACGAGUUUCUAUAACCGGCUACAGGAUGGAGAAAAAGAAUUCGCAGAAGUAACGG